GCCGGGCCUACGUCAGCCGCGGGAAAUUCCCCUCCCGCCAGGCUGCCAGCCUCUCGGCCUGGCCGGCACUCGGCUCUCGCCCUGCUGCGCCCCCUGCCCCUGGCUCCCGCACGGUGGACGGGCGACGCUGGUGACCCGGAGCGCAAGAAUUAAGGGGGUGGGAAGGUGUGAGCCGCAAACCCAGCGGAGGGCGGGAAGAAGGAGGAGGACCCUGGGGUGGUCGGGGGACUGGGGGCCCCGCCGGCAGAGGUCCCUCGGCCUCCUGACUGACUGACUGACUGACCACGGCCGCCUCUGGCCAGGACGCCGGGAACUGCCUGCGGGAAGGUGCGGGGAACGGAGCCAUGGCCUCCGGUGCGUAUAACCCGUAUAUAGAGAUAAUUGAACAACCCAGGCAGAGGGGAAUGCGUUUUAGAUACAAAUGUGAAGGGCGAUCAGCGGGCAGCAUUCCAGGGGAGCACAGCACAGACAACAACCGAACAUACCCUUCUAUCCAGAUUAUGAACUAUUAUGGAAAAGGAAAAGUGAGAAUUACAUUAGUAACAAAGAAUGACCCAUAUAAACCUCAUCCUCAUGAUUUAGUUGGAAAAGACUGCAGAGACGGCUACUAUGAAGCGGAAUUUGGACAAGAACGCAGACCUUUGUUUUUCCAAAAUCUGGGUAUUCGAUGUGUGAAGAAAAAAGAAGUAAAAGAAGCUAUUAUUUCAAGAAUAAAGGCAGGAAUCAAUCCAUUCAAUGUCCCUGAAAAACAGCUGAAUGAUAUUGAAGAUUGUGACCUCAAUGUGGUGAGAUUAUGUUUUCAAGUUUUCCUCCCUGAUGAACAUGGUAAUUUGACGACUGCUCUUCCUCCUGUUGUCUCGAACCCAAUUUAUGAUAACCGUGCGCCAAAUACUGCAGAAUUAAGGAUUUGUCGUGUAAACAAGAAUUGUGGAAGUGUCAGAGGAGGAGAUGAAAUAUUUCUACUUUGCGACAAAGUUCAGAAAGAUGACAUAGAAGUUCGUUUUGUGUUGAACGAUUGGGAAGCAAAAGGCAUCUUUUCACAAGCUGAUGUACACCGUCAAGUAGCCAUUGUUUUCAAAACUCCGCCAUAUUGCAAAGCUAUCACAGAACCCGUAACAGUAAAAAUGCAGUUGCGGAGACCUUCUGACCAGGAAGUUAGUGAAUCUAUGGAUUUUAGAUAUCUGCCAGAUGAAAAAGAUACUUAUGGCAAUAAAGCAAAGAAACAAAAGACAACUCUGCUUUUCCAGAAACUGUGCCAGGAUCACGUUAAUUUUCCUGAGAGACCAAGACCUGGUCUCCUCGGUUCAAUUGGAGAAGGAAGAUACUUCAAAAAAGAACCAAACUUGUUUUCUCAUGAUGCAGUUGUGAGAGAAAUGCCUACAGGGGUUUCAAGUCAAGCAGAAUCCUACUAUCCCUCACCUGGGCCCAUCUCAAGUGGAUUGUCACAUCAUGCCUCAAUGACACCUCUUCCUUCUUCAAGCUGGUCAUCAGUGGCCCACCCCACCCCACGCUCAGGCAAUACAAACCCACUGAGUAGUUUUUCAACAGGGACACUUCCUUCUAAUUCGCAAGGUAUCCCACCAUUCCUGAGAAUACCUAUUGGGAAUGAUUUAAAUGCUUCUAACGCUUGCAUUUAUAACAAUGCCGAUGACAUAGUUGGAAUGGAAGCGUCAUCCAUGCCACCAGCAGACUUAUAUGGUAUUUCUGAUCACAACAUGCUGUCUAAUUGUUCUGUGAAUAUGAUGGCAACCAGCAAUGAUAGCAUGGAAGAGACGGAUAAUCCAAGACUUCUGAGCAUGAAUCUUGAAAACCCCUCAUGUAAUUCAGUGUUAGACCCAAGAGACUUGAGACAGCUCCAUCAGAUGUCCUCUUCCAGUAUGUCGGCAGGUGCCAAUUCCAAUACUACUGUUUUUGUUUCACAAUCAGAUGCAUUUGAGGGAUCUGACUUCAGUUGUGCAGAUAACAGCAUGAUAAAUGAGUCGGGCCCAUCAAACAGUACUAAUCCAAACAGUCAUAGUUUUGUUCAAGAUAGUCAGUAUUCAGGUAUUGGCAGUAUGCAAAAUGAGCAAUUGAGUGACUCUUUUCCAUAUGAAUUUUUUCAAGUAUAACUUGCAAGAUUUAAAUCCUUUUAAAUCUUGAUACCACCUGUA